CUUGCCCUUUCACUCCUCCAGCCCCUGAGAUGCCCUCCCCUCCCAAUGAAGGAGAGGAUCAAGGAGCGUCCCCCGUGAACGGGCCAUCUGUGGGCUCCUACCAGAGCAGUGGAAAGAGGAAGGUGCGCACCAAAAAGAAGAAAGGCACCAUCACAGCCAAUGUCGCUGGCACCAAAUACGAGAUUGUUCGUAUAGUCAUCAGUGAGAUGGACUUCAUCAAGUCUCGGGAUGAGGACGAGACUGCCAACCUCAUCUGGAAUGACUCAGCCGUGCAGCACGAGAAAAUCGCUGAGCUCAGGAAUUAUCAGAGAAUUAACCAUUUCCCUGGCAUGGGCGAAAUCUGCCGGAAAGACUGCCUAGCAAGAAACAUGUCCAAAAUGAUCAAGUGCCAGCCUCAAGAGUACAGUUUUAUACCCAAAACCUGGAUCUUCCCUGCCGAAUACACUCAGUUCCAGAACUACGUCAAGGAGCUGCGUAGGAAACGCAAGCAGAAGACCUUUAUUGUCAAACCUGCCAAUGGAGCCAUGGGUCACGGGAUCUCACUUAUCCGUAACUGUGAGAAGCUGCCAGCCCAGGAGCACUUUAUCGUUCAGGAGUACCUGGACAAGCCCUUCCUGAUGGAGGGCUACAAGUUUGACCUGCGCAUCUACAUCCUUGUCACUUCCUGCGACCCACUUCGCAUUUUUCUCUACAAUGACGGUCUGGUUCGCAUGGGCACCGAGAAGUACCAUGCACCCAGUGAAGCCAAUCUGAGCCAGCUCUACAUGCAUCUGACCAACUACUCAGUCAACAAACACAAUGAGAACUUUGAGCGAGACGAGACAGUGGACAAAGGCAGCAAGAGGUCCAUCAGCUGGUUCACCGAGUUCCUCCGCACCAACGACUACGAUGUGGCCAAGUUCUGGGGAGACGUCUCUGAGCUCGUGGUGAAGACAUUAAUAGUGGCUGAGCCCCAUGUGCUGCACGCCUAUCGCAUGUGUCGCCCCGGCCAGCCACCAGGGAGCGACAGCGUCUGCUUUGAGGUCCUGGGCUUUGACAUAAUUCUGGAUCACAAACUCAAACCCUGGCUGCUGGAGAUCAAUCGAGCUCCGAGCUUCGGGACUGAUCAGAAGAUUGAUUACGACGUGAAGAAAGGGGUGCUGCUCAAUGCGCUCAAACUCCUCAACAUUCGAGCCAGUGAUAAGAAACGCAACCUGGCACAGCAGAAGGCAGAGGCUCAGAGACGGCUCUAUGGACACGGCUCCAUGAAGAAACUCUCGGCUGCUUCCUCGGACUGGGAGAAACAACGUCACACACUGGAGCGAAGGAGAGAAGAGCUGAAAGAGCGACUGGCACAGGUCCGCAAGCAGAUCUCCAGGGAGGAGCAUGAAAAACAACAUCUGGGGAACUACAGACGUAUUUACCCCCCAGACGACAAGCUGCUGUUGGAGAAGUAUGAAAGCCUGCUCUCGGCCGCCUUUCAGACCUUCCUCGCCGGGCGAGCUGCCUCACUUCAAAAGGAAAUGAAUAAUCCUCUGAAACGAAUGAAGGAGGAGGACAUUUUGGAUCUGCUGGAGCAAUGCGAACUGGACGAUGAGAAGCUGAUGGGCAAGUCCUCCAGGCAACGAGGCCCUAAGCCCUUGACCACCAUGCCAGAAUGCAGUCAGACACCAAGACGUCAACGACCCGACUAUCUGGCUGACUUCACCAGUGGCAGCAGCGCCGAUAACUCCUGCUCCUCCUCAGACGAAGAAGAGGAGGAGAGGAGGAAAGCAGGCGGAGGAGGAGGAAGAGGUGGAGAGAAGAGGGAGAAGAAAGUUUCCUACGACCUUGGGGAGAGCAAGGAGAAGAACUUGGCCGAGCGCUCAGGUCGAAUGCACUGGAAACCUCCAGUCAAGUCACUCAAAACCAGCCCCGCCCCCUCCGCUUCCCCAACUCUUUCUGGUCCCAUCAGGCGCUCAAUCUCCUGCCCUCGCUCAAUCGCCUCCCUGUCAUCGCCCAGUGAGGUGCGGGCGUUGUCCACCAGGCCCUCUCCUACAGUUCCCAUGGCCACUCCGCUCAUAAGGCCGAGCUCCGCCACGCUGCGUUCUCACUCGCUGAGUCGCAGUGGCUCCGCCCACCGCGUGCCUCACAGCAACAGCCUGGGGACCAUCCACUCCCACAUAGGCGAUCCGUUGAUAAACCUGAGGAGUAAAGAGCAGGAGGCCGAGCUGGUGCGUCAGACUCUGGCUGCGCUCACCGCCAUGAGGAUCAGGUUUCCGGGAAAAACCGAGGAAGAGGCUGAGUCUGUGCUGGAUGAGAUCCUUGACAACUGGAAGUACCAUAAAUCAAAGGUGGCCUCCUAUUGGCUAGUGAAGCUGGACUCCACCAAACAACGGAAGGUGUUGGAUAUUGUACGUACCAAUGUACGCUCAGCGCUGCAGCGGAUCUGGAGGGAGCCGGAUGUAGAGAGCCUCCACCUGUACCGGCUGUUUAACCGCGUCUUCAACCGGCUGCUCUGGAGUCAUGGCCAGGGCCUGUGGAACUGCUUCUCCAACACCGGUUCAUCGUGGGAGACCAUCUUCAGUAAGAGCAGCGAGGUGGUGUCACCCCAGGAGCUGCAGUGCUGCCGCCGGCUGGUCCAGCUGUGCCGAGACUGCCUGUUGGUCGUCUACAAGUUUGUCUCAGAGUCCCGUGGUUCUCUGACCGGACUCAGCCCAGAAUGGGAUGACACCAGGUAUCUGCUGCCAGUGACCUCCCAGUUCAUCAUGAAGUGGCCUUCGUCCAGCUUUGGCCGCAUCUCCUCGGCCAUGCCACGCUCACGCAGCCUUUUUGCCGCCAGGAUGGGCCACUUCUGA